AACACUCACCAGUCUCCUCUAAACUGUUCAGAUUCCAAAUGCAGAUUGAUAAAAGAGAGAGAUUUGUGAAGAAAAAGGAGACAAAAACAGACGGAAAAAUAGGAGAAGAUUUUGUUUUUUAGCUUCUCUUUCUCUCUGCCAUUUCUGUUUCUCUGUACCUUCUCUGCUCUUUCUGUUAUCUCCCAUUCCUCUAUCUCUUCCAUCACUUCCAAAUCUUCGGUAUACCAAAUACGAAACAAAGUUAUUAGUACUACUUAAUUUACAAUGACAAAGGAAAAAGAGAGGAAAAUGUUUGUUGGAGUUGUUUGGAAUUGUGCAGCUGAACUCAAACUUCUCCUUACUGCUAUUCUUUUCCUUUGUUCACUUAUCACCAUUCUUCAAUUCAUGCCCUCUCGUUUUUCUUUCACUUCUUCAAAUUUUAGCACUUGUCUCUCUACUCCUAUAACCCCUUUUAUUGAUUCUAUCUCCGCCAUAAACGCCACCUCUACACCGCCGCCGCCGCCGCCGCCGUCAACGGAAAAGGACGAGGUUCUAAAAAAUGGAGUUAUUAAGCGCGCCUUUAACCCAUUCGGUUCAGCUGCUUACAAUUUUAUACUUAUGUCUGCUUACAGAGGCGGACUUAACACUUUUGCUGUUAUGGGUUUAGCUUCAAAACCUCUCCAUGUGUACGGAAAACCCAGUUAUCAGUGUGAAUGGGUUCCGAACGACGACAAGCUUAAAUCCAUUACUGUAAAUGGUAGCAAAAUCCUACCCGAUUGGGGAUACGGUAGAGUUUAUACUGUUUUAGUUAUCAAUUGCACUUUUCCUAUUCCAGUUGGUACUGAAAAUGGAGGAAAACUCGUAAUUCAUGCCGCUACUAACGGCGGCGGCGACACUAAAUUCAACAGCACCGACAGUUUCGUAGGGUUAACUGAAACAGAACAGGAUUUCAUUAACUUCACUGCAGAAUUCAAUAAACCGCCAAAGUAUGAUUUCUUCUACUGUGGAUCAUCUUUAUAUGGGAAUUUAAGUCCACAAAGAGUAAGAGAAUGGUUAGCUUUUCACGUUAGAUUAUUCGGAGAGAAAUCUCAUUUCGUAAUUCAUGAUGCUGGAGGUAUACACGAAGGAGUAAUGGCGGUUUUAAAGCCAUGGAUGGAGAAAGGAUAUGUUACAUUACAAGACAUUCGAGACCAAGAAAGAUUUGAUGGAUAUUAUCAUAAUCAGUUUUUGAUAGUGAAUGAUUGUUUACAUAGGUAUAGAUUUCAAGCUAAAUGGAUGUUCUUUUUUGAUGUGGAUGAGUUCAUUUUUGUGCCUAAGAAGAGUACUAUUAAAUCUGUGGUGGAUUCAUUGUCGGAUUUUACACAAUUCACCAUUGAACAGAUGCCUAUGUCCAACAAGCUCUGUCUUGAAGAAGACCGCGGUAAAUCUUACAGAAAAUGGGGGUUUGAGAAGCUAGUGUACAAGGAUGUGAAGCGAGGUAUAAGGAGGGACAGAAAAUACGCGGUGCAGCCGCGCAAUGUGAUAGCCACGGGCGUGCAUAUGUCACAGAACAUAGUAGGCAAGACAACCCAUAAAACAGAAGGGCGCAUCAAGUAUUUCCACUAUCACGGGACCAUUGCAGAACGCCGAGAGCCAUGUCGGCAGCUGGUCAACGCCACGGCGAUCACCGUUGACCGAACCCCGUAUGCUGUGGACACUACAAUGAGGGACAUUGCUGGAACUGUGAAGAGAUUUGAACUCAAGAUGAUUGGUUCUGUACUACAAAGAACAAGACAAUAAUGAGGUCUAUUUUGCUAUGCUUUAAUUUUUCUUUUUUGCUGUAGAUCAUUUCUUCUUUGUUCUGUAUGAUAAAUUUUAAUGUUAUUUUGAGGUAGAAGUGGUAUAGAAACAACAAAGACAGGUGGUAUCUGUUUUGAUAUAAAUAUUAUAGGAUUACUUGGUGUUUUGUAUUCUUUUGUCUAUUAAAUUAUAGUACUAAUAAGCUUUUCCAUUCA